AUGUCCGAAGCAGGGUCCGGGGGUCGCCUCCACAGCGCGGCGACCCCCUCCGCCGGGUCUGGCCCCAGCGGUGCCGACGACGACAACGGAGGCGGGCCUCAGGAUCCGGCCGUCGGGGCCAGUUUCGUGUUCAACAGCCUCGACGCGUGCCCCCAGUCCGGGGCCCUGGUCGUGCGGGCGCCGCCCGCCUGCGGCCCAUUCUCUCCGGGCGUGUUCGCCCCGUCGCCGGGGAGAGGCGCGAGGAGAUGCGAUCACCUGCGCGGCAUCCGCGCGGCGAACAGGAGAAUGGAGCGCAGGUGCUCGCGCCCCGCCGGGGAGGCCCACUGCGGCGGGCGGGGGCUCGAGGCGGAGAUUGGCAAAUGCAAGGCGAAGCGGGAGGCCCUGCGGGCCAGGGAGCAGGCAUUCCGACGGGCGUUGAGGGAGAUCGGUGACCGCCAGGAUGCGCUGCAGCUGGAGAAUGCCGCAUUGGUUAGCGGGAUCGCGUCGACGACCGCAAUGCUGGGGCGCAAGCGCCAGGCACUGGCGGAGGAGGAGCGCAAUCUGCAGUCCCUGAUGGCCAGGAUCGAGGCGGCGACCGAGGGUGUGGCAGGGAUGCGGGGUCAGGGGGGGGAGCAGGGCGUGCAGCCGCCCGGCGUCUUCGGCAAGCACAUGGCGGAGGAGAUUCGCAUCGCGGAGAGGGCUGCUGUGGCCCUGGCUGCUGAGAGGAGGGAGCAGGAGCGGAAGAUCUCAGAGCUGCGGGAGGAGUGCCAACAAAACGCCUCGCGGCAAGGUGCGCUGGGGGCCUCUGUCCGAGAGCUGAGCGCCAAACAUCGCGAAAGAGCAGAAGCCAAUCGGGACCUUCGGGCCCUGCUGGCAAGCAUCCGGUCGGAGGUGAACCAGCGAGCAAAGCAGAACGAGGCCAUUGACUGGGAAUUCAGCCGCAGGCAGGCGGUCAUUUGGGGCGCCAAUGCCGUCAGCGAUGGUCUGCAUGGCACGCAAGGAGGCAACGACGCUGAGUGCAGGGACCUCCGCGCCGCCGUGGCGUCCACAAUUGCAGUCAUUCAGCAAUCAGCCGCGCAGGAAGAUGCGCAGUGA